AUGUGUACUGUGUAUUCAAUAGAUAAUCAACAAGAAAACGCCAUCAACCCAGCGGACACCUCUGCCAAGCCCCAGAUCAUCCGUCAACACCGCGAAAAUCGUCUCGCAUUCAUAAACGGAGAUCCUCUCCCCUUCCCAAAUAUACCAUACCCUCUCGAAGAAGACGACGACGACGACAUCUCUCCCAACAUCCCACCCAGACCAAUGAACUUCCACCCCAUCCCCCUCGGGCCCAUCACCAGCCAAAAUCUCCAUACCAUUCCCCACGCCUUCAACCUCCUCAGGCACUACGAUCGAGCACCGCAUCUCACCUUCCCCGCCCUACAAUACCGGAACCGCAUCGUACUUCUCCUCAACGGCGUCGCAGUUCCCUGGCCCAUGCAUGAUGAACUCCCUGCGAAUCUCCACCCUAAUUUCUUCCCCGACUUAGAACUCUCCGCAUUACGAGAAAUUCAAGGGAUAAUCCGGGGUAUGAUUCGCCAGCGAUCGAGAACUAUUCCCCGGGCCAGGGCUCCUAACACACCAUCAUGGAUUCUCGGGCUUUUUCCCGAUGAGCCGACAAUAGGACAGCAAGAUGCAAAUGGGAUGCCGAUUUGUCCUGUGUGUUUUGAGGAGUUACCGACGCGAGUUUCGAUUACGAGACCGUGUGGACAUCAGUUUUGUCCGGUGUGUUUGGAGGAGUGGAUUCCGCAUGCGAAAUUGAUGAAUCCACCGGCGAAAUGUCCGGUUUGUUUUGUGGAGAUUAGUAAGAUUGGGAAUAAUAGGGAGGUAGGACAUAGGGUAGGUGAGUUUCUGGGGUGGGAUUUUGAGGGGGAGGGGGCUUAA